UCAAAAGAAUUUUGCCUCUCCCUCCCAACCCAACCACAACAACAGAAAAACCAGAAAUCUUUCUUCUUAUCCUUUUCUGUCCUAUUACUCUCUCUACAUUCAAACUAUUCCAUGUUAAACAAAGCUCUACACUGGUUUUAAUGGCGAUUCUAGCUUCACUACAAGGCGGUGGUCACAACCUCUUCUCCUCACUCCCUUCAACACCACCCCCAAAUGAAAUUCCAUCCAACUCUUCUCCUCCUUCACCUCCAAUCCCAAUUCCCAAAUACCCUCCUCCUCCUUCUCGUCAGAGAAAACCCCAUAACCCCACUCAAAAUUCCCCUAAACCCCAUUCCAACCCAGCCCUCAAAACGGUUCACCGCCGCUCCAACUACUACAAGCCGGUCAAAGAAGGUAUUCUCACGUCUGACGGCGACCGUUCCGUCGUAAUAGGAGAGUCCGGUGUUUCGUACCAGCUUCCUGGUGCCCCGUUCGAGUUUCAGUUCAGUUACUCCGAAACCCCAAAGGCGAAGCCAAUCGCAAUUCGAGAACCGGCGUUCUUGCCCUUUGCGCCGCCGACUAUGCCUAGGCCGUGGACUGGGAAGGCGCCAUUGAAGAGCGCCAAGGAGAAGAAGAAGAAUCGAAAAACUCCGCUCUUUGAAUCGUUUAAUCCGCUGCCUCCCGACACCAAAGGGGUUAAGCAUCUUCAAAUGCCGGGUCCUUUUCCGUUUGGGAAAUAUCCAAAAGUGAGAAAGAGCAGAGAAGAGAUUCUGGGAGAACCGUUGAAGAAAUGGGAGAUUCGAAUGUUUGUAAAGCCUCGUAUAUCAGAUAAUCGCCAGGUUAAUCUCGGAAGAGAUGGGCUAACUCAUAACAUGUUGGAACUAGUUCAUUCCCAUUGGAAGAGAAGUGAAGUUUGUAAAAUUAAAUGUAAAGGUGUUCCAACUGUGGACAUGGACAAUGUUUGCCACCAUAUUGAGGAAAAAACUGGUGGGAAAAUCAUUCAUAGGGUUGGUGGAGUAGUUUAUCUUUAUCGUGGCAGGAAUUAUAAUUACGCUACUCGUCCCCAGUACCCUGUGAUGAUUUGGAAACCAGCUGCACCUGUUUACCCCAAACUUAUCCAAGAGGCUCCAGAAGGAUUGACAAAAGCCGAAGCUGAUGAGUUGCGGAUGAAGGGGAAGAGGCUUUUGCCAAUUUGUAAAUUAGCCAAGAAUGGAGUCUACAUCUCUCUAGUGAGAGAUGUUCGGCAUGCUUUCGAAGGAAGCCCACUGGUGAAGAUUGACUGCAGAGGCAUGCAUACAAGUGACUAUAAGAAGUUAGGUGCCAAGCUUAAGGAGUUGGUUCCUUGUGUGCUGCUAUCCUUUGAUGAUGAACAGAUAUUGAUGUGGAGGGGAUCAGAUUGGAAACCGAAGUACCACAAUUAUUCUCUCCCUCUCAAUCCAGUGAAUCAAACUGUGACAGAUUUCGAUAAUUCAGGCAAAGCUGAUACCGGUAGUGAUAGCGACAGUUCUGACACCAAAACGGUUAGGACAAGCUCUAAAAUGCUGUCACUGUGGAAGCGUGCGCUUGAAUCGAACAAAGCAAUGUUGUUGGAUCAAGUUGAUAUUGGUCCUGAUGCUCUUUUGAAGAUAGUGGAGGAAUUUGAGGGCAUUGCACAGGCCACAGAGCACUCCUAUCCGGCUUUAAUUGUGUCAAGUGAAGAUGGCACCAGCAGCUCAAGAGCUGAGUCGCAGGAUUUUACUCAGACUGAUAGUUCCGGUGAGACAGAUAUCUUUACCAACAACGACGAAUAUGAUGAUUAUGAAGAUGAUAGUGAUGAUGAUGAUGAUGAUUUUUAUGACACUGAUUCCUCACUUCCCAUGGGGUCAUUAGGCAUUGAUGAAAUUGCAAAAAAGCUGAGUCAGGAUAAUAUUUAAUAACAGUAAUGUGUAUUGUGUAUUAGUUGCCCUUCCGGGGAUAGUAAAUAUGCAUAUAUACCAUAUCAGCAAAAUGGAUACUCUGUAAAACAGUUAUGGUAUUUACCAAUCUUCACUAUAAAGAUGAGAUUAUCUUCAAGGAAAAAUAAAA